ACAUGCGAGCGAGUUGUGAUAUGUGGAUAAUUUACUCCAUAGAGUGAAGGCUGUACGAAGCAGACAGUCUCGCUUCCAUCGUAGGAAAAUGAAUCUGUCUAAGAAGCGUACAACAGCACAUCAAAAGGCUGGAGGAAGCCAUGGAGCUCAGCCCGGCUGGUCCGCUCCCUCUUCGUUUCGUUCAGUCCGGCGUUCUCUUGACCCAUUCCUCGCUCCGUCUCUGAGGCCCUCGAGUCGGUGAUGCUUGCUUUCGUCCUGUACAUCCUCCUUCCUUCUCUCCUGGUAAUCCACUCAUUGGCUGCGCCUAUUGAUGCCAUCGCUUACCUCGAGAACGCAAGGACGAGCAUCCAGGCCGCUGAUGAUGCCAUGAACAUCCCUGAUACAGGUAUCCGAGUCGGACCGCGUGGACAACUAGUGCCUCAGCCCGAGGGUGCACCGCACACUGGCAUCGAGACCAUGGUGAUGCAAGGUACAACUCUGAAGGUGCAGGAGAGUGCGAAUCUCGGGGAAAACGGCAUUGUCUACAAGAUCAUUGACGGGCCUGAUCAGUGGAGGUUCCUGCAGCAUUUGCCAGGAAAGGUCUGCACGACACAGAAUUUAAAGCGUACGCGGCUCGAGGCCAGUUGCUGAAGACAUCGCAAGUCCAGGAAACAACGGGGGUGGCUCGAGUGGGCGUCAUCAAACGACCGGCAGACAACCUGAAGCCGCUCUACCUGGAUCAAUUGUACCAGCGCCACCGACGUAAUAAAGAGGCCUGCACAGGAGUCGUCGCCAAGGCCUCCAACUGUAUGCUUCACGAGUUCAUGCAGCUCAGAACGCAAGCUGGCGUGGAACAUACGAAGCCUUUCUUCACGCAUAUGCUAUAUGAUGAUACCCUGGAUGAGUGUACCUUCCGUGAUAUGGAUCUUACCAAGGAUUCGCGGGGCUCGUCCGUCUCGCUGGCAGAACUGAUCACCAAUUUUUUUCAAGCAAACCGCCGCAGCCCUUUGUGACUGAACUCCCGUCUCGAGGGAAGGGGGGCCUAGGAUGAAGGAUAGGU